GUGGGCCUCCCCAACUAAUGCUUAGAUGAAUAAUCAGUAUUCGUAAAAUUACAGAUGAUGAAUUGUUGAAAUCAAGGCUGCAAUGGAAGAAUCAAAGAGAAUAAUGCUGUAUUCUGGCGGUUCCAACAAGAAGAUAAAUUUUACCAAGUCACUAUCAGCUUCUCUAGUAAUUUCUCAAUUGCCACAUCCCUUCCGACUAUUCCUUCAAUCCUUAUUAAUUUCGCUUGUCAAUCAAAAUCUAAUAUCUCUGCAACUAUGGCUUCCCAUAAUCUCUUUCCUUGUCUCCUCCCUUUACUGGCAACACUACUGACACAAGCUUUUGCUGCUGAUUUUAUGUACCCUUUCAACUGCUCUGCAACCAUAAAAACUUGUGAUGCUUCACUCUAUCAUAUCAACAAAGGUCUCCAGCUUGAACAAGUUGCCUCUUUUUACAAUGUAAACAUAACCCAGAUCAGCCCCAUCUUCCGUGGAGACGAACAAGAUUAUUUUGUAAGUGUCCCUUGUUCUUGCCAGGACAUCAAUGGCACCAUAGCUUACUUCUAUGAUGCAUCCUAUCUAGUCCAACAAAACGACACGUUUAGGAACGUUUCGGAUCUGAUUUAUAGCGGGCAAGCUUGGAAUGAUGGAGACGAAGAAGGAAGAUUUAUUACAGGAAAUCUUGUUCCUAUGCAUCUCUUGUGUGGGUGCGUAGACAGCGAAUCGCAAGUUGUGGGAACGUACACUGUUCAGCAGAAUGAUACAAUUUCAGACAUUGCCAGUAGACUAUCAUCUACUGUGAGUGGCAUACUGAGCUUGAAUAGUGCUCUGAUUCAAGACCCAAGUUUCCUGGUUGUAGGCUGGGUGUUGUUUGUGCCCAUGAAGCAAAUUGACAACGGUGCACCAGCCCCGAGCCCUUCUCCAUACAUGAAUUAGAAAAAUCAUUCGAUGAUUGGAUCGAAAGCGAAGACGAAGAAGAAGGUUUGUCUUUGCCAUGCGGGCACGUGUGAUAACCUUAGCAACUUUGUGCAAACCAGAGGAGAUGGCAUAAUGGAAGAACCAAAUCAAGCACUGCUGGUAGUUUGAAGCUGAUUUGAUUCAGUUGUCCACCAGCUUAUAGAGAAAAGGGUUUUUGUAUUAUUUACUGAACGUAUUACAAAAACUUAUAUAAUGUCUCUAACUAAAUACAAUAUAAGUAUACAGUUAUAACUCAAAUACUAAAAAUAAGUAUACAGCUAUAACUCAAAUACUAAAAAUAGAUAAAACUGUUAUAGUUAGUCUUUAUCCUUAAUAUCUACAACUAACUAAAUACAAGAUAAG